GCGUGCAGGCAAGAUAGGAGAGCGAGCGAGCAAACGAGGUGAACUCGGGGCCUGCCCAUGCUACAGACGGAACCUGGAAACUUUACAUCUCAAGAAAUAAAGCUGUGCCGACUACUGACAGCACCCUUUUAUGGAGGAGCGACAUAUCGGAUGUCCCUUUCUCUGGCCUUGUCUGUGGUGACUCUCUGAAGCCUUCCUCCUCCUCCUCCUCUUCCUCCACCACCAUGUCCCAGCUGCUCCACUUGGAGAUCCCCAACUUCGGCAACACGGUGCUGGGCUCCCUCAACGAGCAGCGCCUGCUGGGUCAGUACUGUGAUGUCUCCAUCCUGGUUAAAGGCCAGGCCUUCAAGGCCCACCGGGCCGUACUAGCCGCCAGCAGCCUCUACUUCCGAGACCUGUUCAGCAGCUCGUCCAAGAGCCAGUUCGAGCUGCCCUCGUCGGUGACUCCCGCCUGCUUUCAGCUGAUAUUAUCCUUCUGCUACACGGGCAAGCUGACCAUGGCAGCCAGCGAGCAGCUGGUGGUGAUGUACACUGCCGGGUAUCUUCAGAUCCAGCAUAUUGUGGAGCGGGGCAUGGACUUGAUGUUCAAGGCCAACUCGCCCCACUGUGACUCCCAGACGGCAGCCAUGGAGGAGCAGCAACCAGGCUCAGAGCCCCAGAGCCCCAGCAACAACACACUGGCCGGGGCAGGGACGUCCAUCCUGGGGCCGCCGGGCUGGUCCCCCUCUCUGGUGCAGCCCACGCGGAGGAUCAAACAGGAGGGGUGCGAUCCGUUGCCCAGCCUGAGUCACCAUAAGAAAGGGUCCUCUUCAUCUGAGCUGGGAGGGCGGCUCUCCAAGGGAAGCUCAUUGUUCUACACGGGGGCGGGGGGAACCACCAUCUUCCCAGGGAUGCAGCCCUAUCCAGUGGCCGGGGGAGAGAGGUCCAGUCCUGGGGCCUCCAGCCUGCCUACCACGGACAGCCCCACCUCCUACCAGAAUGAGGAUGAGGAGUUUGAGGAAGAGCCGUACGACGGGAUAACGGAAGAGGCCUACAGUCAGAUCUAUGGGCGCUCAGCCAACCCAUAUGGAAUCCAGGAAAAGCCAGAGAUGGCAGCCAUGCCCCUGUCCCUGGAGAGUCGCUCCUGUGUGCUGAUCCGUAGGGACCUGGUGGCCCUGCCCGCCAGCCUCGUUAGCCAGAUCGGCUACCGCUGCCACCCCAAGCUCUACACCGAAGGAGACCCGGGGGAGAAACUGGAGCUGGUUGGAGGAACAUCUGUGUUUAUGACACGAGGCCAGCUAAUGAACUGUCACCUGUGUGCUGGCAUCAAACACAAAGUCCUACUGCGUCGCCUGCUCGCCACCUUCUUCGACAGGAACACCCUGGCUAACAGCUGUGGAACUGGCAUCCGCUCCUCUACCAGUGACCCCAGUAGGAAACCUCUGGACAGCCGUGUGCUCAACGCUGUCAAACUCUACUGUCAGAACUUUGCACCCAACUUCAAAGAGAGCGAGAUGAACGUGAUUGCUGCAGACAUGUGCACCAAUGCGCGGCGUGUCCGCAAACGCUGGCUACCCAAGAUCAAGUCCAUGCUACCUGACAGCAUGGAGGUCUACCGGGCCAGUGUGGGGGUGGCCGCUGGCGUGGGCCUGGGCCUGGCCCUUGGAGCCGCCGGACCUGGGGUGGUGCUCCCCUUCGAAACUGAUUUUAAAUCCCUGACCCCCUCUAGCCUGUCCCUGGACCAGAGGCUGUACCCAGAGCGCCAGGACCCACUCAGGACUCACUCUCUGUUGGACGCGGUCAGCCCAGGGUCAGGGGAGGCUGGAGGGGAGGGUGUGGAUGCAGAAAUUGUUGGUCCCCAGGCAGGGGAGGAGGAGCAGGAAGAAGAGGAAGAGGAGGAGGAGGCGGGGUUGGAGGGGACAUUGAUGCCAGGAGGCGAGGCCGGGGGGCGGGGUGACAUGGCCCCGGGACAGGAAGGGGAGGAGUUUGGAGAGGACCUGAGAAUGAACGGGCAGUGAACGUCCUCCGACGUCUAUCUCUGAUCCAUCCACCACCACACUUUCUUUCGCUCGCUCUUUCUCUCCUCUUCCACCCCUCUUCCUCCGCGCUUUCCUAAGGUAACCUCUCAGCACAAAAAGCCAUGCUCUCAGAACUUACUGUACAACACACACACUGCAGUGUAUUCUUUAGCAGGGCAGGGAGUACAAGAUUUGUUGUGCUGAACAGACACAGGCAUUGCUGGGGAACAAACAUAAUUACUUAGCGAGGAUAAAAAAAACUCUCAUUUGAACAUGGAAGAACUUUACUUUAGACCUGAGACAUCAGGUCAUUUUCUCCAGACUAUUUUUAGUAUUCAUCUUCAAGACCACAUUGUAGUUAAAACUGAACAAAGUAACACUGUUGUGUUAUCAUUCCUGCAUAGUUGUAGAACUUGCUACACAACAGUAACAGUUACUGUACAUCUAUGGAGUGUGGGUCAGAUAAGACAGUAAAAUGAUAGUCCUCUUUCUAGGAAAGCAGCAUGGAUGCUAUAAAUAACCUAAGUAACCUUGAAACAGAUCACUGGCUGUGUGAGAGACUAACCAUACAGUACUCUACAGGAGCAACAUGGCUCAGUGUAUUUAAUACAAAUUACCAUAUUCCUUCUUAAAUUCUUGGAAGAAAUAAUAUGAUCUCAUCGCAACAUACAGCAAAUCAGUUGAACAAUUUCAUGUGGGGGAAAAAACUAGCAUGUGAUGUUGUGAGAGAGAGGAUAAACAUUUAACCUCCCUUCCUGUCUCUUAAGGGUUGUGGUUUUCCACGCAAUUGAAAAAAUUAUCUGGAAACAUGAAGAGCUUUUUGUCUAUGGAUCAUCCUUAGACAAGAUGACGUCAUCUUCGAUUAGCCAGUCAAUGCAAUGCCUGUGUCUUUUGACGGAUCGACGCACGUACAUACAGUACAUACACACACACUGUUCCCACACAGCUUGGGAUUUUAACCUCUAAUACAGUACCGGUGCAUCUGAGACUCUGACAAAUCAGCUUAACAGUGCUUGCAAACUUAGCAUACCCUUACAAUAGAACACAGUAAUACACACUCUGAGUAAUGGAAAUGUCAGAGACACGAACAUGCACUAACACAAAGCUUGCAUGCAAAACGAAUACAGAGAAUCUAAAACACAUCAACAACAGAGUCACUUAUGAAUCUGCAUACAGAAAAUAAACAACAUCUGCAGUUGCCUGAAGAUAUAUAAUUAAUAUGGAAGGAGAUACUUUUAUAUGCGUUUCUCUUCGGAGUCAUGCAUUUCACCUGUGUUUGGCCUAUGUUUCACCCAGGUUUGUGUAACCUCGGUAUGGCCUGGCUUUCAUCUGGGGUGGAGGGCACUAGAGACAUGCUGAAAUGAGCAUACUACAUAGUAGUGAGGACUUCAAAGUGAGAUGCAGAGAAAAGCACUGUUUUACUAACGUUACGGCGUGAUCGAAAGGAUCAGCACUAAGACUACAGCACCCAGCCUACAGCUUCUUUGCAUCCUCCGCCAUUUUGUUUUUUGUAAAUUAUUGAAUGAAACUAAUAUGAUAUAUUUCUGUUGGCUUAUUGUAUUUGCACUUGAAGAGGUUAUAGGAAGAGAUUAAUGGGGAGCUUAUGGGGCUGCCUAGACUGUUCUAAAGAAGUAGGCUAACUGAAAUUUGCCCCAAUAUCUCCCUGUUCGAUUGGAGGAUUUGAGGUUUGUGGACUUGGACAGUCGGUCAUGCUGACGACGACUGUUGCUCUACGGCAGGGGGGAGACGAGAAGUGUUGCACAGCGACAUUUACUAGUUUUGUUGCACUUUUGUUUUUAUAUAUUUUGUCUGUUCUCGCUCUGAUACUUUUUGCCAAAUGUAGGGAAGGAGUCUAAAUAGCUUCUAAUGAUAAUUGUUGGUCAAUAACCUACCGGAAUGGUUGCUUGGGGUAACACAUUGAUAGGCCUAUCAGACACCCACACUGUAUGUUGUAGUUUAUGAACGUGUACUUGAGCAUAAAGCCUGGGUAAAAACAUGAGGUAAGGAGACAGUAGAAUUGGAGUGGUCCCAAAAACCUAAAUAAUCAACUUCCAAGACAAUAAUUUGAACGGCCAGCCUUCUGAAAAGCCUUGCUUUGAAUUGUUGUCUUAUAAUCGCAUGAUGCAAAAGCACAUCAUGUUUGUUAUAUGUUAUUGUUCUAUAUUAAGUGAAAACAAGAUUGAUCUGGUUUUAGAAACAAAUUUGGUCCUCAGUGUCAUUCGACUACAGCCUACACUAAGCCAAGAUUCAAGAGGCUGGCAGUUAUCAUAUUGGCUUGGGAUCUCAUAACAACAAAACAAGAGAGAACAAACAAGAUCACAUUUCCUCUGUCAAAUUCAAAUGUUUUAAAAUAUGUGCCAUUUUUAAGACUGGGCCCGUUGUGUUGUGUUUAAUAUCUAUGGUUAUUUUGGGGGAAGCUUUAACAUGGUCCUGUUUCUGUAAUAAGGAGCACCGAGUUAUAAUUGCACUAGGUAAUGAGAAAACAAAAAUGUUUACAAGAGUAUUUUUUGGAGAAAUGUGACCUGCAAUGGAGAAUAUGGCCGGGGAGGGGGAUGGGUGAAUGGGUGUGUGUGACUAUGGGUAAAUGUAAACUGUAGAACUGCUUCACCUAGCCUUGGUAGAGUACGGGAACAGUACUGUACAGUAAAAUACAGUAUCUUGGUGCCACAAGAGAAAAGUAUUUUCUAGCACCUUGUACAGUGUUGUAUGUAGUCAUUAGAAGAAUGGAAUAACACUUCUUUGAAAAAAAAGGUUGGGUAUCUGACUUUCCCUCUAAAGGCCACUGGAGCUGCUCUGUGAUUUCAAUAAAGGACUGUGAAGGUCUUCCAUUGUGGAAAAUCCACAAAUGUACAGUCGAACUAGCAAUGUUUGUAGGCCUAUAGACUUAUUCUAUCCACAUCCCCAACAAGAAACCAAUUAUCUUCCUUGUUCUCAAUCUCUAUUCAUCUAUAAGUAAACCUGCUUGUUGCAAGUCACAAAUAAGAUAGGAAAGAUAGACUGAAUACCAAACCGGUAAUAUAGGUAAUAACUGCUUUCUCCUUUGGUCGAUUUGCAUGUGCAACCACUACUGGCUCUAAGGGGAAGUGAAAUGGUUUUCCAGUUAAAUACUGUCAUUAGGGAGGUGAGUUUUUCUGUUCUGAAGAAGGGGCGGGGAUCAGUGCCUUAAUCGAGACUGCAGGGGGAGAGAGUGUUGUGCUAAAUCACCAACUGUUUGCAUUGGGACAUCAGCAAAUAAUGAAACAAGCUUUCGAGUCCUGAUGACAUAAUGGAGAGCCAGGUAAAGUUUUAUGUACAGUUCUGAAUGCUAAAGUAAAAGAUGCUGACGGUAAAUAGGCUCUGUUUUCUCAGAAUACAUUGGCAGGCAAGGUUAGGAUAUGGGAGGUGACUUGCUUUUUCUUGGAAAAUUACCCCUAAGGCUUUAUUGUGUUCUUGUAAGCAAAUAAUAAUAAUGAUUCUGGACUUAAGCCCCGAACCAUUUGCCUUCCUAAAUUUCAGCAAAAUAUGUGUCAACUCGAGAAAAACAAUACUGUGACAUUUUGCAUGGACAUGCUUGUAUAGGUCUAGAGAUUCUGACAGACUAGAAUAGUGGCAUAUUAUCAUAUAGAUUAGAAACCUUUGUUAGUUUCAUGCUACUGGAUGAUAUAACAACCAAGUUUACUCCACUACUUGUCAGUAGUGGUCUGUACUGCUGGAGUGCAGAAUAUUUAGUUAUUGGUGUCACUUUGUUAUUUCAAAGCCACCUGAAUAACAUGUAGACUUGAUCAUCACCAUAAAUGACCACAUAGACUGGAAAAGCUUCAGAUGAGUCAUGGAGUAGGCUACAGUAGUACAAUCUUUCACCCAUAGGAACCCUUGUUUAUGUAUAUUGUCUUUGUUUAUUUACCUUUUUUAAUGCUUCAACCUGUUUAUAUCUGAUUCGCUUCCUGCAUGCCUUACUGCAUCUUCUGUACAUAAUUCUGUCCAUG